CUGCUGCCCCUGGCCCUGCUGGCCGCGCUGCUGGCCGCCGGCCGCGCCGCCAACCCUUGCUGCUCGAACCCCUGCCAGAACAGAGGCGUCUGCAUGACCGCUGGGCCGGAUCGCUACGAGUGCGACUGCACCAGGACAGGCUACUACGGGCAGAACUGCAGCACACCGGAAUUCUUCACCUGGCUGAGGCUAGCACUGAAACCAUCGCCAAACACUGUCCACUACAUCCUCACCCACUUCCAAGGAGUCUGGAAUAUCAUCAACAACAUUCCCUUCCUAAGGGACGCUAUUAUGAGAUAUGUACUAACGUCAAGAUCACACUUGAUUGACAGCCCACCAACUUACAAUAGUGACUACAGUUACAAAAGCUGGGAAGCUUAUUCCAAUCUUUCCUACUACACAAGAAGCCUUCCACCAGUAGGACUUGACUGCCCAACUCCAAUGGGUGUUAAAGGUAAGAAAGAGCUCCCGGAUUCGAAGCUGAUUGUGGAGAAGUUUUUGCUGAGGAGAAAGUUUAUUCCCGACCCGCAAGGCACAAACGUGAUGUUCACGUUCUUUGCCCAACACUUCACCCACCAGUUCUUCAAGACGGACCAGAAGCGGGGUCCUGCCUUCACCAGAGCGCUCGGCCACGGGGUUGACUUGAACCACGUUUAUGGAGAGACUCUGGAGAGACAACUUAAACUGAGGCUUCGAAAGGAUGGAAAGCUAAAAUACCAGAUGAUCGAUGGAGAAAUGUACCCGCCGACGGUGCGGGACACGCAGGCAGAGAUGCUGUACCCACCGCACGUGCCCGAGCACCUGCGCUUCUCCGUGGGGCAGGAGGUGUUCGGGCUGGUGCCAGGGCUGAUGAUGUACGCCACGAUCUGGCUGCGCGAGCACAACCGCGUCUGCGACGUGCUCAAGCACCAGCACCCCGAGUGGGACGACGAGCAGCUCUUCCAGACCGCCCGGCUCAUUCUGAUCGGAGAGACAAUCAAGAUCGUUAUAGAGGACUACGUGCAGCACCUGAGUGGGUACCACUUCAAGCUGAAGUUUGACCCCGAGCUGCUGUUCAACCAGAAGUUCCAGUACCAGAACCGCAUCGCAGCCGAGUUCAACACCCUGUACCACUGGCACCCGCUGCUGCCCGAUACCUUCCAGAUCCACGACCAGGAGUACACCUUCCAGCAGUUCCUCUACAACAACUCCAUCAUGCUGGAGCACGGACUAUCCCACAUGGUCAAAUCUUUCUCCAAGCAAAGUGCUGGCAGGGUUGCUGGUGGGAAGAAUGUUCCUGCUGCAGUACAGAAAGUGGCAAAGGCCUCCAUUGACCAAAGCAGGCAGAUGAGGUACCAGUCCUUGAAUGAGUACAGGAAACGCUUCAUGAUGAAACCGUUCCGAUCCUUCGAAGAACUUACAGGAGAAAAAGAGAUGGCAGCAGAGCUGGAGGAGCUGUAUGGAGACAUCGAUGCCAUGGAGCUGUACCCAGGCCUGCUGGUGGAGAAGCCCCGGCCCGGGGCCAUCUUUGGCGAGACCAUGGUGGAGAUGGGGGCACCAUUCUCCCUGAAGGGGCUGAUGGGCAACGCCAUCUGCUCCCCCGAGUACUGGAAGCCCAGCACCUUUGGGGGCAAGGUGGGCUUCGACAUCGUCAACACGGCCUCUCUGCAGAAGCUCAUCUGCAACAACGUGAAGGGCUGUCCCUUCACCGCCUUCCACAUCCUGCCUCCCGAGCCCACCGAGGCCACGAUUAAUGUUAGUACCUCAAAAACUGCCAUGGAAGAUAUCAACCCCACGCUCCUGCUGAAAGAGCGCUCUGCCGAGCUGUAG